GAAGACUUAUGAGAAUGCUUUUGUUUGUGUUUUUUAUUUGAGUAUCAAGAUGGCAAGAGCAAUCCGUGGUGUUAUUCGUGCUGUGGCUAUAUGUUGCUUAGCACUUCUUGCUUCUGCACAGAUAACUUUUCCUCCUGAAGUGAAAGCAUUAAGAGCUAUUCGUGAUAAGCUUCAAGAUCCAAGCAAUAACCUUAAUUGGACAAAAAGCAAUGAUCCAUGCACAUCCAACUGGACUGGUGUUAUCUGCUACAUUGAUCAAAGUGAUGGUUAUCCACAUGUUGAAGAAUUGUAUGACUAUCUAUUCAGUGUUCCAGUUAUUCUGAUUAAUUUCUAUAUAGCUUCUUGAUAUUGCCUUUUUUAUUUCCUCACUAGUAGGUAUGUCUCCAUGAUACAACACAAUGUCUAGUUUCCCUCCUUUUGGUUAUUUCCAUUCGCAUUCUCCUUCAAAUAAAAUAAAGAUCUAUAUGUUACUUGAUUAAUGUUAUGUUUAAUGCCAAGAGUUAGAAUCAGUUACUCAAUUUUGUUGUUGCAGUAAUGUCCGGCGUAAUAUUUCCUGUUCUUUAACUUCUGAUCCAUCUCAUGAUGUAGACGGAUGUUAAAAUUGAAUCUGUUUGGAGAACUAGCUCCUGAGCUUGGUGAACUGUCUUUUAUGACAAUAUUGUAAGUUGUCUUUUUAACACCAAACACCAACGAUUGUUUUGAUGGAUAUGGAUAUUUUGUAUCAAAUAAAGUUUUCAUUCAAUC